AUGAUAACAAACUUUUCUGACGGAACUCCCUGGUGUUUCAUGAUCGAUGCUCUUUUUAGUUUUCGAAGUACCCGAGAACGUGAUUACGUGCGGAAUCCCACUGAAAUACUGAACGAGCUAAUCUCUCGUGCGUGGGAUCCAAAAACGCUUGACCAUGAGGGACUUGGUUCUGAACCUAGAUUUAGGAAAGAUGAAGGUACGUCCAGGCUCUCCCAUCCAGGUAUCAAUUGUUUCUACAGUAGAGAAUCUGACAAGGUGGUGGUAGAUGUGCGCGUGUAUUUCCAGACAACCUUGCAAAACUCGAUCGACGACGCUGUGACUAAUUUGCGCGCCCAAGCAAACCCGGAAACUCCGAAGCGACAUCUUCAAUUAGAGAACCGCUUGAAAGCUAUCCAAAAGAUUAUCGCACAGGAUUGGAUCCCCGAAGAGGCGCAGGAAACCGACAAAGGCUCCAGUUCGACUGCCAUUGAAUCUCAAGCUGUUCUUUCUACGUCUACGGUCAAUCAGGCGAAACAAGAUGCGCGGGAAGGGAUUAAGCCUGAUCAUCAGGGGGCCAGUGACGGCAGUCCUGAGGUAAUUCGUAUACCAUCAUUGAGUCGGCUUGGCAAAGUACAUGAAGUAAUAACUUCGCCGAAUUCGAGGACCCCAGCCGAUACAAGUUCGGAAAUUGGCGAAAAAAUAGCAGAAAAGAUAUCUAAAAUCCUUCAGGAGGCAGAUCCCACACAACCAGACCUGAUUAUCGACUCUGAUAUUAGGUCCCAUGUCACAAGUCGAGAACAACAGCUAAACGUGAAAGAGAUGGUACAAAGUUUGGCGCGAGUAAUGAAAGCCCCAACUAGAUCCAAGAUCGAUACACCACACUCACGAGCCAUCCGUUCAGCAAGCUGGGACGCGUUGAUAUAUCUUGCUUACUUUAAUCCAAAAGCAGAGGCCGAGCUUCUACAACUAUACGAGAAGCUCGAGAAUCAAGAGUUUUUGUCUGCCCAUGUGCUCAACUUAUACAAACGGUUUGUUUCAUCAGACUUCAGUACUAUCACCUUACAAAAGACUUUAUCAGAAUUGGAGGUACCUAAGGAACACGCACAAUAUGCCGAUUUUUUCCAAUUCCACGAUCGUUUUUUGACGGUACAUCCAGUGGCUCAAGAGCGCUUCGAAAAACUCUUCCGAGAACACAAAACGCAAGGUUGA